UAUCAAUUUUGCAAUGUGAUUGUGGAGGGAUUAAAAUUGGACUUUUCGUAAAAUAAUAAAAUUCAUUGAAAUAUUUUCGUAUGUUUCGUUUUAGAUUACAAAAUUUUCUAUAAAAAAUAAGCUAACAAAAAUAGAUUAGUACUGUCAGAUUACGUUUUAAAUCAAAGGUAAUACUUUUGUACCAAGAUGUCCGUGAUACUCGCAUACGAUUUUGACAAGAAAAUGUUUGUAUAAUCCUACGAUGCUUUUGUAAAAAAUCUUGAUGAGCUUAUGAUCGUGUGAAAGUGUACAUAAGAUAGAUAGAAUAACACUGAUAUGAAUCGACUCGUAGAGGAGAAUGUGCAAAAUAUUAAGUGCAGUCAGAAAAGUGCAAGCACGAAAAACAAAAGUAAAAAAGCCAAAGAUCCUCCGGAAACAACAAACGAAAUAAAUAAACUGAAUGAAGACAAAAUAAGCGAAGCGUUAGUGAAUACACUUCAUAUUAAACUUAAUAGUAACCUUACUAAUGGUACAAGUGAUCAUUCUAACGAUAGUGUGAAUGAUUCAAAUGCAGAGCCAAUAUCACUAGUGGCAGCUCCGAGUGAAGUCGCGAUGGUUGUAAAUAGUGUACAGUGUAGUGAUGUCGCGCCCACCAGGGAGAGUAAUAGUAUCUCCUCAGAAAGAAACAAGGUCAAAUACAGUGAAGGCAUAGAAACAGAAACAUGUGAGAUCUCAUCCCUUGCCCAUGCUCUUAAAGGGGACAUUGAAAUUAUGUCAUACGAAUCUGAAUUACAAAUGCCAGAAAUUAUGAGACUCAUACAAAAAGAUCUAUCAGAACCUUACUCUAUCUAUACAUAUAGAUAUUUUAUUCAUAACUGGCCUAAACUAUGUUUUUUGGCAAGUCAUGAAGGCAAAUGUAUUGGUGCCAUUGUAUGUAAGUUAGAUAUGCAUCGAAAUGUUGUCAAAAGAGGAUACAUUGCAAUGUUGGCUGUUGACGAGAAAUAUAGGAAAAGGAAGAUCGGGUCUAAUUUAGUACAGAAAGCAAUACAGGCAAUGAUAGAUGAUAAUGCAGAUGAAGUUGUAUUAGAAACAGAAAUCACAAAUAAACCUGCACUAAAACUAUACGAAAAUUUGGGAUUUGUAAGAGACAAACGCUUAUUUCGAUACUAUCUUAAUGGAGUAGAUGCAUUACGGUUGAAAUUAUGGCUAAGAUGAAAUAUUUAGGUAACAAAUCGAAAAUUCUCAAUGUUGUGUUUAUGUCGCUGAUGACUUCUGUCACAGGUUUUUAUAUAAACCCUGUUGUUAUUAUGGUAUAACCUAAGAAACCUGCCAUGUGAAUUUUAGCCAAAUGUAUAGAUUGUUUGAAAUUUCUUUUUUGGACAUGUGAUGUUUUAUUUUUUCUAAUUUAUGUGUUAAAAAUUGUUAAUUAAAUGUUUUCUGCAAUUACUUUUAUAUCUCAAUAAGUAAAUGAUAUAAUAAUAUCUUAACUAAAAUACACAACUUUGAUGAAUUAAAUUGUUCCUUUAUUUAACUUUCCUAAAGCCAAAAGAUU